AUGUUUUCAAAAGGUGAUCAGCGGUCCUGGCUUAAAAUCGAGGUUGCCCGUGGUAAAAAUGCAACAAAAUGUUAUCGAGGAUUAGUAGAAGCCUGUGGCACAAAUGCUUUACCGUAUAGGACAGUAGCACGAUGGGUUCAAGCAUUUCGUUCGGGUCGGCAUGAGACUGUGGAUUUGCAACGUACAGGUGGGCCCUCCAUUCCUCAAGGGCAGACUGACAUCCUGAGCGGUCUCCUUACCGUAGACCGUCGAUGGACUGUCCGAGAAUUAUCCUUAGAAAUUGGUCCGAGUCAUCAAAUGGUGUGGCGCAUAAUGAAGAAAUCUCUCAACAUGAGGAAAAUUGCUUCCCGCUGGAUUCCACAUCGACUAACCGAAGUACAGAAAUGGCACCUGUAUGCACUGGCUGGCACCCACUUGGAGAGAUACCGCAAUGAUAGAGACGCAUUUCUGCAGCGUAUUGUCGCCAUUGAUGAGACACAGGCACGAGCCUAUGAGCCUGAAUUAAAGCGUCAAUCAAAUGAAUGA